AUGAGAUAAUGGCGAGCUGUUACGAAUGUGCAUUUCUCCUCUGUGUGGGUCUGCCGCUGUUAUCGGCAUCACAGAGCCACAUGCAAUUGAAGAGAAACACGGAAUAUAACGAUAAAGACGUUCCCGAACGCCGUAUAACUUCGCUCCAAGUUCGCUCGGCUCUUGCGUGCGGCUUCUACUGCCUGGAUGCGGAAUACUGCAAGUCCUACGGAUACGUGUCGGCGGCAGGCAACUGUGUGCUUAUGCACGGCACAGAGAGGCAAGACAACACAGCGACAACCUUCCUCGCGGUGCCUGGUCUGGAAUACUAUUCUUCUAAAGAGGAGAGCCCCGCAAAGUGCGUGUACCCCGGCAAACCGACUGACCGCGUGAUGUUAGGAACAGCCGCAAGCAUAAUUCCUGCAGCCAACGUAACUUGCUCUGUCUAUAAACCGCCACCUGAGAUAUUUGACCUUCCUCGCGAGGUUACUGAUGGCCGUAUCAAUGUGGGUAUAGGAGAUUUCAAUAGCCAUAAUGUUACCUGGGAAUAUGCAGAAACAGACGAAGAUGGUGCACUUGUGGAAAGCUGGUCAGAUGUGAAUCAGCUGUCGCUUAUACAUGACGCAAAGCUCCCCUGCUCCUUCAACAGUUCCAGAUGGAGGCGUGGAUACAACCAUGACCUGUACAUUGAGCCUUUGGUAGUUUGGCCCUACUGGGAUGCUGAUUAUGGUGUCCCUGGCUGUUCACAAGGAGUUGAUGAGCAACCUGGUCAGCAGUCACUUCUGGUAUUGGUUGUACUUUAG